AGAGAGACAGGAGAGCCAGAGAGAGACUUAGAGUUGUAAUUUCUAAGCGGCUUGCUCGCCAUUGCUCAGAGUGACGGUGGUGAGAAAGAGAUGCUGAAGCGGAGGAGGAGAGCAGUGGCGGUGCUGAGGAAGCUGCUAACCUGCGCCAUAUGUUUUAUAGCCUUACUAGCUCUUCUUUCUGUUCAUCUUCACUUUUUUCCGUCCUCCAAAGUCCCCGGCUUCUCCGAUUCCCACAAGCUUCCUGCGCAACGUGAAUUUAAACACCAGAGGUUGAGCACCGAGAAUAGCUGGACUCAAGAGAUUGUUCCGCUCCAUUUGUCCAAAGCUCCUGUUGCUUCUCGCAAGUUGGGCAGUGCGAACUUGGUUCCGGGUCUGGACAAGCUAUGGAAGCCUCCAUCGAACCACGACUUUUUACCAUGUGUAGAACCUAGUUUCAAUUAUACACCUCCUGUGGAGUCACGAGGUUACCUUCUAGUUCAUACAAAUGGGGGACUCAAUCAAAUGCGCGCUGGGAUAUGUGACAUGGUAGCUGUAGCCCGCAUCAUUAAUGCUACCCUUGUAAUUCCAGAACUCGAUAAACAAUCGUUCUGGCAGGACACUAGCAACUUCUCAGAUGUUUUUGAUGAAGAUCAUUUUAUCAAUGCUCUUGCUAACGAUGUAAAAGUGAUAAACAAACUUCCUAAAGAAUUGGCUACUGCUACAAAGAUAGUUAAGCAUUUUAGAAGCUGGUCAGCUAAGGAUUAUUACGAGCAGGAGAUCGCUACCCUUUGGGAUGAAUAUCAGGUUAUUCGAGCUGCAAAAUCUGAUUCACGAUUAGCAAACAAUAAUCUACCUUUAGAUAUCCAGAGACUCCGCUGCCGUGCUUGCUACCAAGCCCUUCUUUUUGCACCUAAAAUUGAAGCCUUGGGCAAAUUAUUGGUGGAUCGAAUGAGGUCCCGUGGUCCUUAUAUUGCUCUACAUUUACGAUAUGAGAAGGACAUGCUUGCAUUUAGUGGGUGUACACAUGAUUUAUCUCCUGCUGAAGCAGACGAGCUACAGAUGAUUAGAGAAAAUACGUCAUAUUGGAAGGUAAAGGAGAUUGAUCCUUUGGAACAAAGAUCCAAAGGGUUCUGCCCACUAACUCCAAAGGAGGUCGGAAUAUUUCUUAGUGCACUUGGCUACCCGUCCAAAACUCCUAUAUACAUUGCAGCUGGAGAGAUUUAUGGUGGUGAUUCACACAUGUCUGAUCUGCAAGCACGGUAUCCAUUACUGAUGAGCAAGGAGAAGUUAGCAUCUGUUGAGGAGCUCGAACCUUUUGUCAAUCAUGCAUCUCAAAUGGCUGCUCUGGACUACAUUGUGUCUGUUGAGAGUGACGUUUUUGUUCCUUCAUACUCUGGGAAUAUGGCAAGAGCAGUUGAAGGUCACCGACGAUUUCUUGGACAUAGGAAAACAAUAUCUCCUGACAGGAAAGGGCUUGUUCGUUUGUUCGACAAAGUUGAUCAGGGAACAAUGAAAGAAGGGAAAAAUUUGGCCCACCGGAUUAUCGAAAUGCACAAGAGAAGGCAAGGCUCUGCGAGGAAGAGAAAAGGUCCCAUUUCAGGAACCAAGGGCAUGGACAGGUUCCGCUCAGAAGAAGCCUUUUAUGUUAACCCUUUGCCAGAUUGUUUAUGUCAAAGAGAAUUGCCAAAUGGGAAUAUGACUUCCAUUUUCAGAUAGUUCCAUUAAAUAGCAAGAUAAAAUCCCCCUA